GGCGGGGCGGGGGGCGGAGCCUGUUCCAGUUCUCAGCGGCGCAGCCUGUUAGCUUCCUCCUGCUUGUUUUUCUCCUUCCAGCCUUCCAGCCUGAAGAAUGGGGGAAGCAGACGUGACGCUCAAUCAACCCGACGAGAAGCCCCCGGACCCCGGCCUGCUCCCCGGGGAGGACUCGGUGGUCUGGAGCCACGAGGUGGAGGUCUGUCUGUUCCACGCGAUGAUCGGACACAAGCCCGUCGGAGUCAACCGCCACUUCCACAUGAUCUGCAUCAGAGACAAGUUCAGCCAGAACAUCGGCCGGCAGGUCUCCUCCUCCGUCAUCUGGGAUCACCUGGGGACGAUGUACGACAUGCAGGCUCUGCACGAGUCAGAGAUCCUGCCGUUUCCAAACACAGAGAAGAGCUUCUCUCUGCCUGAUGACAUCAUCCAGGAGGUGAAAGAAGGGAAGCUCGGCUCGGAGGAGGAGACCAAAGAGGAGUUCAGGAUGGAGAGAGAACCUCCAGCGACACAUGAAGAAGGCAGCAACUCGUCGGUGAAGAUAUCGGAGCGAACGAGCAGCAGUCGGGACAAGGAGAGAGAGAGAGACAAGGACAAGGGAACGAGUGAAGGAGGAGGAGGAGGAGGAGGAGGAGGAGGAGGAGGGAAGGAGGCGGAGAAGAGGAAGAGAAGUCGAGCGGCCGAGAAGCUGCUGUCGUCCUCCAACCCGGCGAGUCCUGGAGGAGCGAAGAGGAGACGCACCUGAGAGGGAGGGAGGGAGAGAGGGAGAGGAGAGAGGGAGAGGGGGAGGGAGAGGAGAGAGAGAGAGGGAGAGGGAGAGGGAGGGAGGAGAGAGGGAGAGGGAGAGGGAGGGAGGAGAGAGAGAAGAGAGAGAGAGAGGAGAGAGGGAGAGGGAGGGAGAGGAGAGAGAGAGGGAGAGGGAGGGAGAGAGAGAGGGAGAAGGGGGAGAGAGAGAGAGAGAGAGAGAGAGGAGAGAGAGGAGACGCACCUGAGAGAGGGAGAGGGAGGAGAGAGAGAGAGAGAGAGGGAGAGGGAGAGGGAGAGGGAGGAGAGAGAGAGAGAGAAGAGAGAGAGAGAAGAGAGAGAGACGUGUGUCACGUGACCGCGCCGGAGGAGGAGCUUCGUGUUUUCUUUUACUCUGUUGUUGUUGUUGUUGUUGUUUUUAGUUUCUGACCUUUUCGAGACUUUUAGUUUUUUUUAUUCCACAUUCGCCUACAUUACCCACAAUGCAACUGGGCCGAGGAGGUUCUGUGUGCUUGUCGGUAGAGAUGCAACGGAUCAGAGUCGUCUAACUUUUAGAUCCCUGAUUCAGUUCAUUAAUAGUUGAUCAAUAUUAACAGAUAUAAAUCCGUUUAUUGUUUUGUAGAAGAAUAAAAAGUCUAUUCAUGUGAAUCUGGAUUAGUUCCUCCCCAACACGACAUUUAGCUCCUUUAUAGAUUCUAGAUGACUCAAUAACGCUCCGUUACAUCUCUGCUCGUUCGAUGAGCUCCUCCAGGUUUCUUUACCUUUUAUUGUUUUACCCACGGGCCGGCAGCUGAUUGGCUGGUGGUUUAAGCUCCGCCCCCGGCUCAGUUUGGUAACGGUGAUAAUGAGGGAGACCCUAACUUUGGUCUCCGUGGUGACGGUCACCCGACUUCCUCCCUCGUCGUCACUAAGCUGUGUGAAGGAAGAGUUUAUCUAACCCCUCCCCCCCGUCUCUGACUCCUCCCACCUGAGCGCGGCGGACGUUCCACCUUUGAAGUCGUCCUGUUUUCAUCGUUUUGAAAUUUAAGGCAAUAAAUCUCCGCUGUCUGUUUUUCAUCUGAAUGGAUUUUGUACAUUUUGUUUCUUCUUUUUUAGUAAUUGUGUUUUUUUUUCCUUCUCGCGUUUCUUUUCUUGUUUCCUGCCGUCUCCAAAACAGGAAGUGAUCGUUUUCAUCUUCAGACCACAACAAUAAAACGUUCCUUUUAUUUUUUUUCAGUGUUAAUUUAUUGAUGUUUGAGGUUGUCGGUGUCAUUAAAGAUGAACUGGGAUCAG